ACUAUCGAAUCGACUUGCGCUCAAACAACAGCCAGUUGAAAACAACCUUUGCGCGAGACCUGGAUCGUACGUUGGAUGGUGUUACAAGACGGCAACAUAACACAGUUCGUGCUCGGCGGUAAUGGAACUCUCUUCAGUAGGCGAGCGUGUUUUUGCCGCAGAAUGCAUACAGAAAAAGCGAAUAAGAAAGGGUCGAGUCGAAUACUUAGUCAAGUGGAAGGGAUGGAGCCCGAAAUACAACACUUGGGAGCCAGAAGAAAACAUUUUAGAUGUACGGCUACUUGAAGCUUUCGAAGCAAGUCAAAGAGAAAGAGAGAUAAACCCAGGAAAAAGGGGUCCUAAGCCUAAAAAAGAACGAAGUUCGAGUGCAGGUGAUGUACUGGAUUCGAGAGGAGACUGGAAAUCGGUCCAGAAACUGUGGAGCGACUCGCCAGAUGAAGCCGAGUCCGUGGCAAGGACUUCCGAGGAGAAUGUCGAGUCCACGGAGCCUUUUGCUGACGCCUCUGUCCACUCACCCGUUUUUGAUGCUGAUGAUAAGUUGGUAACUAAAAAAGAGCCGAUUAAACGCAGAGCCGAUUCUUGGAAAGAAGAAAGAGCUAACCAAGGUUCUGAGAUGGAGAGUUCGAUCCCUGUUAAAGUAUCGAAGACGGUCAAUUCUUCUUCGAAUGUCCAGUCACCUACUAAUGUCUCUUCAACCCUAACCCUGAAUGGUAAACGACCAUUUCCGGUUACCUCGCCGGAGUCGGAAGCUAAUAUUCAAGCUGAGACAACAUCUGUAAACAAACACAAUGUUAUAGUAAGUCCAGCUAUUUCCACAGGAAGUCCAGCUGUUUCCACAUUCAGCAACACGGUUACUGCCGGUCCCAAAAACACGGCGUCGAGUGUCCGCUCUGCUCAGUUUGGUGCCUCCGGCUUGGCAGUUAAGGGUGGUCAACAUGCACGCGGAUCGGUCAAAGUUCCUGUAAGUGGCAACUCCCCAGUAUCACUGAUAACUCCGCCAUUCAAACAAGGAGAUGUGAAUGGGGCAGCUGUUGCCCAGCCUAAUGGGACAUCUUUACCUGGAGCGGGCAACAACUCGGAUCAGGAAAACCAUAACGAGGACGGUCAAACCCAGAUUGUCACCAGUGGGACGGCUGUUCGGGGGAAAAGUCCCUUGGCUCCCGGCUCGUUGCUACAACCCAAGCACAGUAAUAACCAAGUAACCUACUCCGGCAAGCCUAACACCAAAUAUGAAGAUAUCACUUCGGCACCCGAGUUUUGGCGUAUCCAGAACAACCUAGUGGAUCAGAUCUUCAUUACUGACGUCACGUCUAAUCUCGUGACGGUUACAGUACGAGAAAGCAGAACCCGAUUGGGCUUCUUUAGGGAUAGGAACAGCGAAGAGAAAAAAGCUGAGCUUCGCGAAGAAAACGUCAAAUGAUAGCGUAUUGGUGGUGUUGGUACGUGGCACCAUGAUGGCGGGCUAUGCGUUAGAAAGUAUGCAAACAAAACAAACGAAUUUGGUGAAGGAGUUACGCACACCAUCUUAAAAAUUCAUAUUUUCAAUUGGUUUUAUUGUUGAUGACGCGGGGUGGAAACACCGAACAACAACGGUUGCAAAUCGAUUUUCGUGAAUUUUAUGCACCUGUGAACGUUAACGAAAAUAUUGGUGACGAAACCGAUUAUGUAAAUGAGGCCUUGAUGUUUUUUGGGUGUUAUUCAAACAUUUCGGUGACUGUAUUUUGUAUAACAGAAUGAUGAUUGUGGAUGUUAUAUAUUUUCUGUGACAAUGUACAGUAGAGCAGUGUUGUGUAACCAUCGGAUAAGUGCGGCGUUUUUUCGACAUGAAAGGUAGCGUCGGUAGUGGACACGCCCUUGGGUGACUCAUUCACUGUAGACUAGCAUCGUGAUUGGUGCUUUUAGUUGAGACGUAAAACUCUCAAUCAGAAAUACAGCUUGAGCACGUGACUUAAGGCGGGCCUCAACGUGACGUCUUAGCUUCGGUAUACCCUCGGGUCACGAGCUGCGAUUGAAGAACAGAAAAGACAGUAAACAAUCAAUAUCGUUAAGUGUGUGAGUGUGAGCAGGAGAUAUUCAAGAUGAUUCAUGCAAUGAUUUUGGCAAGAUGAGGCGACCGGGUGACUGGAAUAAUCUGGAUGUGUACAUUAAAUUGGCUGUGUAAAAAAAAACCUAAAAAAAUGUACAGCUAAUAUAUAUAUAUCUAUAAUAUCAUGUAUGUACAAAAAAAAAUAUAUAUAUAUAUACAUUACUUCUUAUCACAAAUGAAUUUAAAUGCCUACUUUGUAUAUCAAACAGUAGUAACUUGUAGAAGACAUUUAUUAUGAAGCUUAAUGGUAAUCUUAGGUUCCACUCAUGCGCGCCCUCUAUAUGUAACUUUUUUCUGUUUAUCAUAAUUACUUUUAAACAUGAUUUUUUUUUCUUGUAUCAGUUUGUAUUUCUAGCAAAUAAAUUGGAAUUAAAAAUCUUAACAUCAUAAUUAUCACAAACUUCUGUAUUUUUGGGCUUAGCAAAUUGUUGAUAUUAUUUAUUGAAAACCUUAAAUACGGGCACUCGUCUGACACAAUCGAGAGACUGUACUAGAGUUUUCUACAAUGAACUUAUAACCAUUGUUAACCACGAUAUAUAUAUAUGUAGAUGGUAUUUUUAUGGACGAAAAUUAAUAUUUUCUUGAGGGACUUAUAUACCCUGGCUUGGCUUUUCACGUCAUAGCUAACCUGUGUAUUAAACUUUAAAAUAUUUUCCGUUGUACAAUUCAUAGCUUUCUCAAUAUCUCUUUACCGUUAAGCCUUGCUUGUUUGUUUUUUGCCAUGUUCUGUCCUAUGUUAUUUGAAUACAGUAUUUAGAAUAAUCUUUUUUUUUAGUAUUUAGAGAUGUAAUUAGUUUCUUACGUGGGAGUUAUUUAAAAGUUCCAACAAAAAUGGCUUUCUAUUUUGUUGUUCUGACUCUUCUAGUCAUCGUAUUUUUGUGCAAAAUCUGAUUUUUGAUACUGCACCUUCGCGUGUAAUAAUAUCUAAGUAGAUCCGUUGAAUUAGUGAACCUGACUUAAUAUCAGUUGUGUGGAUUUUUUAAAGCAGGGUCAGAUCAUGUCUCUAAAGACGUUAACGGAUCGUCCUAAUUGUAGUAAUAAAGUUGAAGCAGACGCUGAUUUUCCGUAAUAUGCAGUGUAUAUAUAUAUAUAUAUAGCAGCCAAAGUUCUGUGUACCAGCUCAUAACCGAUUAAAAAAAAUUUCAUAAAA